AUGUAAUUAAAUUACGAAAUACUUCAAGAAAUUUAUUCAAGUCAACGAGUAAGAAUAGAGAAAGUAAGAUCAUUAUAAGAUAACCAGACAUAUAUAUAAAAAACUUAUAUAUAAAAUAAAAAUGAAGGUAUGGUUUUAUUAAUGAUUGUGAGGAUUGAAUGCAAUAAAAAUGUUAGCAUAAAUAAAGAAUUAAUUUGUAUUGUAAGUGAUUGAAUAUCUGGAAAAUGAAGAAUAAUAAUUAGUUAUAAUAUAAGAAUAUUGUGAUUAAGGUGAUCUAAAAACAUUUACUUUGUAGCACAUCGGUUAUAAAAUGUAGGAAAGCAUAAUUUGGUCUCUAUUCUUAUAAAUGGCAUAUGCUCUCUUGUAAUUAAAUGAACUUGGAAUCCAUCAUAGAGUUUUGAUUCCUGAGAAUAUAUUGUUAUUAGGCAGAACAGAAGGUUAUUAAAUUCGUAUUACAGAUUUUCAUAAGUCUUCAAGACAAACUCUUUGUUAAUUGCCUUGUCCUGCUAUUUAUUUACCUUAUGAAUACUUUUUUGAUGGGCAUUAUACUUAAAAGUCUCACAUUUGGUAAAUUGGACAUAUACUCUAUUUUAUGGUUUCUUAAAAAUUGUUAUUCCCUACAACAACUCUAGAAAAUUAAGUCAAAGAACAAUUGAGGAGAGGUAGAUUUCAAAUUAAUAUACCUGAUGUAUAUUCUCAAGGAUUAAUCAAACUAAUCAAUGUUUGUUUAACUAUUAGAGAAAAUCAGAGACCUAAUAUUCUCUAAAUUUUAAGAAUGAAAGAAGUUAAGGAUGCUCUAACUAGACCAUAUUAUGAAUUCUCUUUAGAUUAAAGGAGGCAUUUAAUGUAUUGGAUCAAUAGCUCAGAAACAGCUAUUUCCAAUCCAGUUUAGUAUUCAUUUAAUGAAUUUGAUUUACAUUCUCCAAGACAAAUACAAAAAGAUGUAGUUAUUAAAAAAAAUUUCAAAAAUACAAAAUUACCAGAGAUUUUUCAAUAAAAUUAAAAUUAAAAAAAGAUAUCUACAGACAGGUUUCCAGAAUCAGACAAUAUUAAAUCUGAAAUCAAAAGAAAAGAAGACAUUUAUUUACAAUAACAAUUGUUGUCAAAAACAUAUACAAAUAAAUAUUUUUAAGGCAUAAUAAAGCCCAUUAGUUUUCACAAGAAAACAUAACCAAUUUCCAAUAGUGAAUUUCCAAAAUUUUCUAUUCCUUAUUAAAAACAAUUAGAUACUGUUUUUUAAAUUUUAUUGAACAAUAAAAAAUAAAUAUGUGAUUAAUGGAUUGGAGAACCUGAAUAUAUGUUUUUAAGAUCAUAGAUCAAAUUUAAUGUAUUUUUUAAGAUUUAUAAAAUAAGAAAGCGGAUAAACUACUCAGUUAUAUGCAAUCUAAGCAUCCAAGAGUUGACAGCAGUUUUAUAUUACAGUAAAUCAAUGACAUUGCAGAUUUAGAGGAAUAAAGAAUCUUUUUUAAAAACAAAGCCUGA